CGAAACAGAGCAAUUUGAGCAAAAUCAAUGGAGCAGAACCCUAAAAAAACCCAGAGGUCAUGGCGCUUCACAUGGGAAGCUCAAUCUCAUUCUCCAAAUCUUCGUCUCUUUCUUUUCGAUUCCACAACCAACCCUAAAAGCCACUGCAAAAGCCUCAAUGUAUCAAUAAUCCUCGAAAAAUCUCAACUUCUCGUCACAUGGAUCGAUGGCGACGAAGACGAUGAAGAAGCCACAGGCAAAGAAGAGAUUGUUGUUUCUCUUCGCGUUCCUGUUCCUAGGGUGUUGUUAGAUGCUGAAUCCCCUGUAAAUUUCAAAGCUUUAGACGAUUACAUCGAGGUUAGACUUGUUCUGCUACUCCCCGUUGAUCAUCCCCUAGUCUCAGACUUCAGUUUAGCGAUUGAUUCUAAGGAAAAUUCGGCGCCUUUAGUGAUGGGUUAUGAUCUCAAGACUCUGUCUUUGAUGGGAGGAGUUCAUAUUUAUUGUAGAAAUUGCUCGUUUAGGUUGACAAAGGAGGAGCUUUUCGAUUUUUCUGAAAUGCCGUCUAUUAACUGGCGAGAAUCUGCUGAUAAUUGGUUUGGUACUUGUUGUUGUUCGUUUGGUGGGAUUAGUGAGAAGAUGGUUGUUAAGUACACGAAUUCGUAUACUUGCUCUAGUGGGUUGUGUUUACUUAGUGCUACUACUGUUUUGCUUAGCAAGGAUGAUCUUGUAGAGUGUUGUAUCUUGUCUGAUGGAACUGGAAACCAAAUUGAAUCGAGUUUAGUUCUGAGUUGUGAUAUUGGUGGAGGUGAACUGGGUUCUGGCAGUAGUGAAGAAACUUUUGAUGUGAGCCAUGAGAAUGGAGGUGAGAGUGUUUGUGGUAAAGUUGAUGACUUGAAGCAGCCUUGUUUAGAUAAGGCAUCAAUGCCUGGGUGUUGUGUGCAUGAAUCGCAUGAUUCUAAUGGGAGUUUUCAGUUGGAGCAGGAGCUUACACUAGAUAAGAAGUUGCUUCUUGAUGGUUUUCUCGAGGAUGUUUUUAUGGCAAAGGCAUCGAAUGUUUCAAAGAAUGUUGACUGGAUUGAAUUUGCUUGCCCUGAGUGUUCAUCCCCUCUUGGAGCAUAUCCUUCUGGCGUUGGGAGUAACGGUAAACCCAUAGAUGGUGGAAUCAGACUCUUCAAAUGUUAUAUUUCUACAUCAUCGGUGUCCGGUGGAUCCUCUGAUGUUUUCAGGAAGUACACAUUGGAAAGAAUGUUUACCAAUCAGCUAGUGGAAUGCGCCAAAGAAGAGUUAUCAUUUGCUGUGUUGGUCAAAGAUCUGACUACUAAAUCGCCUUUGUUCCAGAUCGUUAUCCUGAAUCCAAACUCUUGGUCCUCCACCGGUCUUUGCUCGAACCGAGAUGAACCUGUUUCUACAUUAGAGUUAAGCCCUGUUGUGAAGGUUCUGAUUUCUGAUUGCAGCAGCUCGGUAGUGAAGAAGAUUGAUGAAGAAGUGUACAUUUUGAAGGGACAAGGAGAGGAGCUGAUAGAGUUAUUAACAAAUGCGAGCAAAUGUCUUCCAUCUUCGUGUUCGUAUCUUCAGGGCUCACACGUCUCAUCGAUGCAUCUAUAAUACUGAAUAUUUUUUUUCACUUUCUCGAGCUUAGUCUCUGGCUCAGUUUUGACUUGUAUUAGAUAUUUGGUUAUAAGCUCGUUUGCUUGUUUGUUCGUUGACAAUUGAGCGGAAGGAAUAAUUCUUGUCACAUUUAUAAUAAAUUAAUAACUAUUAACAAUAGAGAUAUUGUUUGUUGAACC